AUGGCGCCACCUGGUGGCUGUGUGCCAGCCGGGACCCUCACCACCACCAGACCACCGUCCCGAGCGGCCCCGUCGCGGGUGGCUGGUGUGCUGGGGACGCGGGACCUCUCAGGCCAGCUUCCAGGCGCCCCUGUGCUUCUGGGCUCAACCUUCACCAGGCUGACCCAGGAACCUGCCAGGCCAGCAGCACCCAGUCCCUGUGACGUGACGCUCAUCCUACGCCCGGCAAAAUCCCAGAUGAAGAGGCCAACGAAGCAGGGGUGCGGGGAGAGGCCCGCGCAGGCACCCACGCACAGUCACAGGGACCCCGACGGACCCUCAGCUCUCCGGCCAGCCUGUGCCAUCCGCUGCCACCAGGGGCGCUCGGCCAGCCACGUGGGCCGCCCUGCUGACCUGGAAGUGACCUUGGGAGACUCCAGCAGCGACCCCCAGGAGGGCCCAGGGGUGGGGGGAGGCCAGGUGGGAGGGGCUUCCUGGAGGAGGAGGCCCUGUGGUGAGGACCAAGGGAGGGCUGGACCCGCUGGGCUGUGCAGGGGCUGGGGGAGGGGGCCAGCGCCCAGCCUCACCUUGGCUCCGCUCAGAACCCUCGCCCCCGGCCACCCCAGGCUGCCUCCUGGUUCUGGCAAACCCAGAGCUGCUGCUGGGCAGGUGGGAUGGUGGGCAGGGGCCCCCGGGGCCGGCUUCACCAGCGACCUGGCCACCCCGGCCAUUUGUUCCAAGCCAGCAGGGCAGGGAGAUGGGGCCCCCCCCAGCACCCCCAGCGCCCCAGCCCCGGCGGGCACCACGGCUGUACCCAGGCUCAUUCCAGACCUCGUUGCCCGGAUCCCCUGGCCCCACUGGGCACUGGUUGCCACCGCCGUAGUGGUUGGGGUCCUUGUUAUUUCCUGCCUGCUCUGUGUCAUCUGCUGCUGCCACCGCGGCCGCCACAGGAAGAAGCCCAGAGACAAGGAGGCUGUGGGCCUAGGCAGUGCCCGUGGCACCACCACCACGCACCUGGUGCAGCCCGAUGUGGAUAACCUGGAGGCUGACUCCGGGGGCGCCCAGCAGUGGGGGCGCCUGCUGCUGUCCCUGGCGUAUGACUUCAGAAGCCAGGAGAUCAGGGUGGGCCUCAAGCAGGCAGCAGACCUACGGGCUGGGGGCAGAGGCGGCACGGCAGACCCCUACGCCCGCGUCAGCCUGCCCCCCGCUGGGCACACGCACGAGACAAAGGUGCACCGUGGCACACGCUGCCCUGUGUUCGACGAGAUCUGCUCCUUCCACGUGCCGCCGGCAGAGCUGCCGCGGACCAGCCUUCAGGUGCAGGUGCUGCACUCCCGGGGCGUCUCCCCGCCCGAGCCGCUGGGCGCGCUCAGCCUGCCGCUGGGCACCGUGGACCUGCAGCACGUCCUGGAGCUCUGGCACCCGCUGGGCCCACCCAGCGCCCCUGAGCCCGAGCAGACGGGUGAACUGUGCGUCUCACUCCGGUACGUGCCCGGCUCCGGCCGGCUGACCGUGGUGGUGCUGGAGGCCCGAGGCCUGAGCCCGGGGCUGGCAGAGCCCUUCGUGAAGGUCCAGCUUGUGCUGAAUCAGAGGAAGUGGAAGAAGAGGAAGACGUCGACCAGGAAAGGGACGGCCGCCCCUUACUUCAACAAGGCCUUUACCUUCCUCGUGCCCUUCAGCCAGAUCCAGAGCGUGGAUCUGGUGCUGGCCGUCUGGGCCCGGGGCCCUCAGUUCCGGGCCGAGCCCGUGGGCAAGGUUCUGCUGGGCGCCCGGGCCUCUGGUCAGCCCUUACAGCACUGGGCGGACAUGCUGGCCCACGCCCGGCGACCCAUUGCCCAGUGGCACCGCCUGCGUCCGGCCAGGGAGGUGGACCGGGUCUUGGCCUUGCAGCCCCGCCUGCGCCUGCCCCUGCCAGGCUCCUGAAAGCAGUGUCCUCGAGGGUGCAGGCCGCCCCGGGCGCCACACAAUAAACGCCUUCUCCCGCCUCUGCUGUGUGUCCUUCCUGAGCCCGAGGACACAGUAGGGUCAGGGGCUCCACCAACACGUCCCGGACCCCUCCAAGGACAAGGGGGGGGGUCUCCCCUCCAGACUCAGCCAGGCCCUGCGGCCUCUGACCAGUGCCUGACCCCGAGUGAGGGCGAAGGGGCCCCUUCGGGCCCAGUGGGGACGGCGCUGGGAGAUGGGGAGCUCUCCCUGGCUGCGGGGGCUGGGGGCCC